GUGCUACAAUAUAAUUUCCAUCCAUUCUGCAAUUUCCACACUGAAUUCCUUCAGCUUUUGGCUUCCAAUCCAUGGCGAUUCGUCCAGUUGCAGUGCUGCUCUUUGCUUUGGUUAUUUCAGGGAUUAUUCAGCUCUCCUCAUGCCAAGUACUCAAAGGGAAGCUCACUUGCUCUGAUUGCGGCAGCCAUUAUGACUUCUCAGGCAUCAAGGUUUUAGUGAAGUGUGCUAAUGUGAAAAGGUUAGCUACAAGUACAACAAGCAGUGAAGGCUCCUUUGAGGUUGAGCUGCCUUCAGGUAGUGGCACAAGAACUUCAACCACUCCAUUGAAUUGCCUAGCUAAGCUUAUUGGUGGUGCAAGCCAGAUCUACGCCUCAAGGAAGAAUAUGGUGUCCAAGAUUGUGAAGACCCAAGAUUCUAGCUCAUACGCUAUCUCCACUCCUCUUGUGUUUUCCACUACAUCCCCUCCUGUUGGGAAGCUAAAAGACACAGGUUCCUCUAAGACAAUUGAUCUGCCUCUCCCAAGGGAGUGGGGCUUGGCACCUUCUAGCUACUAUAUUCCCUUCUUUCCUAUCAUUGGAAUCCCAUGACUAAUUGGUGUUUGAUAAAUGUAAUGCCACCAAACUUAAAGGCUUAGCUAUGCAGUUGUUAAAUUAUAUAAAUAUCUAAGUGGCUUAAAGGGUAUGGGAGGGUGUAGUAAUUAGCUCUUGUAUGUGUGUUAGUUGAGUGAAUUUGUAUUAAUAAUUAAGCAUUGUAAGUAGAAUAUAAAAACACUAAUGCAUGUUUAAGAAUUAUACAGUAUAUAUAAAGCUUGUGUUGUGUUA